CAAAACUAGUUUCACUAACUCCAAUUAAUAGUUUGAAUUGAUCGGUUAAGGAUUUAAUCAUUGAUUAAAUUUUAAUCAGUGUUGGUGAAACCGGCCCUAAAUAUAUUCACUAAUCGAUAGAAAAUUCAAAAAACAAAUUUUAGUUUUCUUUAUUUUUUAUUUUUAAAUUUAAACUAAAACAAGUUUUAGUUUAUUCUCAUAUUUUUCAAAACAGAAGAUAUGAAUAAAUUUGACGUAGAAUAAAAUUGAUUACAAAAUUUUCAGUGAAAACAAAAAAUUCCCAGUUUGUGUGUGAACUUGACAUUGAUUAUCAUUUUCUUAAAAUUAAUAAUUAGAAUAUUCAAAUAAUAUUUUCCUCAUUUGAAGCUGCGUUUGAGAUACUGAGUGUAUAAUAAUCUUAUCGGAAUAUAAUGAGUGUUUUUUUUUGUAUAUAACUGAAUAAAUGUUUUAUUUUUGUAAGAAGGGGAAAUCUCGUGGAUAGUUUAAAGCGCAAAAACUUCUCUUUAUUGAAAAUAAAUCUAUAGUAAUGUAAGAAGGAGGAGAUCGAAAGCAUUCUUGUGUUACGAAUAAGACAAGUUCCUGUUUCUCUUCAAAAAUCCAAAAGAUUCGUUUUUCAAUAAAUAAUUUGUUCUUCAUCCAAAUUUUUUAAUUUUAAGUAUUCAUAUUUACCAUAUACCAUAUUUUCAAAUAAAAAUCUAACUUUUCUAUCGUAGAUUUUUAAAGUAAAGCAAAAAUUUUUGAUAAAAAAAUAGAAGUAGUAGUGGAAAAAAGGGAUCAAGUGAAAACAAAAGGAUUUAUAAAGUAAAGCAGAAAUUUUUGAUAAGAAAAAAUAGAAGAAGCAGUAAAUAAAAAAGGCAUCAAGUGAAAACCAAAAAUUUGUAAAGUAAAACAGAUUUUUUUCAUAAUAAAAAAAUAAAAGUAGCAGUUGAAAAAAAACAAGUGAAAACAAAAAAAUCUAGUGUUAAAAAUAAAAAAAUGCGUCUUCCAAGUUUCUUGUGCUUCACAUUAUUUUGUGUUACACUGAAUUUCGAACUGAAUAAUGGCUAUCGAAUAUUGGGAAUAUUUCCAUCGAAUGUGAAUAGUCAUUUUAUAAUGUUCGAAAAAUUGAUGAAUGGCUUAAUUAAGAAAGGACAUAGUGUGGAUAUAAUUAGCUAUUUUCCACUUAAUAAUCAACAAACCAAGAACUACAAGCACAUUAGCAUUCGUGACAUUCUUCCAGCUAAACAAAAUAAUGUCAGUUUUCAAAGUUUCAUAAAGCCAAUGAGAAAUAUGUUUUGGAUAACAUUGGUGGCUGACGAUAUUGGACAUAAAUUUUGUGACAUCUUUAAACAACAAUCGGUGAAUGAUUUGAUUAAUAAAUCUUCUCAUGCACCAUACGAUCUUAUUGUCACCGAGCUAUUUUUUGCACCAUGUUAUUUCGCACUCGGUCGCCAUUUAAAUGCGCCAAUUGUUGCAAUGUCAAGUAAUGCAUUAUUUGACUUCAUGAACGAUCCAUUCGGAAAUCCAAUAAAUCCCUCAUUCGUACCAUCGGGAAUGGUGAAUUAUUCGCAAAAAAUGACAUUCUGGCAAAGAGUGGUCAACACAAUUUACUCGAAUUUCAUGAAAAUUCUAUUCAAUCACAGUAUCAAAAUACAGGACAAAUAUGUGGAAAAAUAUUUUGGACCCGGUUAUCCAACUGUUUAUGAUCUGCAGAAAGAAGUUGCAUUGAUUCUUGUCAAUUCACAUUUUAUAUUACAUGGAAUUCGACCAAUAACGCCGUCAAUCAUUGAAGUUGGCGGAAUGCACAUAGAAGAAAAAGAAGAAAAAGAGAAAAAAUUGCCGCAGGAAAUAGAAAAAUGGCUCGACGAAAGUGACGCUGGAUGUAUUUAUGUCUCCUUCGGAUCAAUGGUCAAAAUCGAAUCAUUCCCGAAAGAAAUUUUAAACCACUUUUAUACAACUUUCCGAAAUAUUAAGCCUGUUCGAGUAUUAAUGAAAAUUGCAAACGAUAAAGAAUUACCUCCUGGAAUGCCAGAAAAUGUAAAAAUACAACCAUGGCUCCCACAAAUUCAGAUUUUAAAGCAUAAAAAUACUAAAGCAUUCGUGACACAUGGUGGCUUAAUGGGAACAAUGGAAGCAAUUUACUACGGAGUACCUAUGAUUGGAGUGCCUUUAUUUGGAGAUCAACAUUCCAAUGUGCAUCACUAUGAACGAGAAAAAAUCGCCAUCUUGAUGAAACUAGAAACUAUUAAUGCUGAUCGAUUCACGAAUGCUAUUCAGAAUGUUUUAAAUACUCCACUUUACAGAACAAGGAUAAGAGAAUUAUCCCAAAUAUUCAAAGACAGACAAAAUUCACCACUGGAAACGGCAAUAUUUUGGGUUGAAUUCAUCUGUCGAAAUGGAAAUAUUCUAAAAUCGCCGGCCAUUGAUUUAGAAUGGUGGCAAGUGCAACUUUUAGACGUUUAUGGAUUUAUAUUUCUUGUCAUUUUCAUUACUUUCUACCUUAUCUAUUCUCUUUCGAGAAUUCUGAUAAGAUUUUUACGAAGACUGAAAUCUCAUAAAAAAUUCAUAUCAGGAAUUGCUAAGAAGAACAUGUAGAUUUUUCACUCUCUUUCACUCUCUCUCUCUCUCUCCUUCUAUACAAAAAAAAAUUACACAACUCUAGUCUAUAAAAUUUAUACUUAUACUCAUAUUAAUUGUCUGUUUUAUACAAUAAAUAAUUUAAAAGGAAAAAAAUUUGUAUACUAUAAAUUUCUGUCAUUAUGCAUAAUUUAAUAUAUAAAUAAAUUUUUACUACUGUAACUUUAUCGUUUAAAAAAAUUUUCUUUAUCAAACAAAUUAUUUGUAAUAUUGGAAUUUACAACUGCACGAAAAUAAAGAAAAAUUAAUUUUAUCUUUCUGCUUACGUAAAUGCUAUAAUAUUAUUCGUUAAAAAAACUAUUGUUUUUUCUUUAAUCGUUGAUUAUAAACGUAGUGAACUUCAUCGACGAAUAUAGUGUCACAAUCAUAAUUUUUAAUAAUUUUAAAUUUAUUUUCUUCACUAACCAUGCCUGAAAUGUUUAUAUUAUGUAUGCGUUUUGCUCUAAGUUUUACAGAACUGUUCAGUAAAUAUAAAUAUAGCGUAUACUUCUCUUAUUACGUUUUACCGAACUAUAAAGUAAAAUUUUAAAUAUCAGUUAAUAAAAAAAAUAAUAAUAUAUAAAUAAUAAUAAUAACAAUAAUAAAUAAAAAAAUAAUAAAAAUAAUAAUAUUGAAUUUAUGCAUUGUAUUGGCAUUUAUGCCUCCCCCCCCAACAAUGCAAACGCUUUAAAUCGUCAAUUUCAGAAUUUCUUGAUUAAAAGAUAGGUGAUAUAAAAUGUGAACUAAUAGUGUAAAAUUCUUGAUAAAUAAUAAAAUGUGAUUUUAAUUUGAGUUCUA